AUGAAAAUGUCCAACAUUCACAUAGAAAGGAGAUUUGAAACAUCCUCUUCUCUUGCUGGUUUAAUUGAUGGAAGCUUUGAAAUAGGUGCCCCAGUUAUAUGCAAUACUACACCUUCAACAUCAAACUUAUCAAUCUGUUUAAUUAAUCAAAUGUUAUCACUCAAUAGAACACCAUCCGAGAUAGUAGAAAGAGGCAUAGUCAAGAUAACUCCUAAGGACUAUCGUCGGGUUGGAGCUUGGUGGCUUGGUUUUGUUGUGUCUGGACUAUUAUCCAGUAUUUUUUCCAUACCAUUCUUUUUCUUGCCCUCAAAUCCAAAUAAACCACAGCAAGAAAGGAAAGUAUCACUAUUUUUGAAUGUGCGAAAAACAAAUGAUAAAAGGAAUCAAACAACUAAUUUGACCCACCAAGGGAAAAAUAUUUCCAAAAACGUGACUGGUUUUUUACAGUCUUUGAAAAGUAUCCUUACCAAUCCCCCAUAUGUUAUAUUUGUGCUUUUCACAUUGUUACACAUGAGCAGCUACAUUUGUUCUCUUACUUAUGUGAUUAAAAACAUGGAGGAACAGUAUGGUCAGUCUACAUCUCAGAAUAACUUUUUGUUGGGAGUCCUAUCUAUACCUGUUAUUGCAAUCGGCAUGUUUUUAGAAGGAUAUAUCAUUAAAAAAUUCAAGUUGUCUUUAGUUGGACUUGCCAACUUGGUAUUUUGUUCUGCAACAAUGCAUCUCUUAGCUCAACUUUCACAUUUAAUCCUACUCUUUGAAAGCAAAUCAGUUGCUGGCCUAACCUUGACCUAUGAUGGAAAUAGUCCAGUAAGAUUUCAUGUAGAUGUACCACUUUCUUAUUGCAACUCAGAGUGCAAUUGUGAUAAAAAUCAAUGGGAACCAGUCUGUGGGAGCAAUGGAAUAACUUACCUGUCGCCUUGUCUAGCAGGAUGCAAAUACUCAAGUGGUAGUAAAAAGCCCAUAGUAUUUUAUAACUGUAGCUGUGUGGAAGUAAUUGGUCUCCAGAACAAAAGUUACUCGGCGCUUGGUGAAUGCCCAAGAGAUGAUGCUUGUGCAAGGAAUUAUUGCAUUUAUUUUGCAGUUCUAGUUUUAAAUUCUUUCCUCUGUGCCAUUGGACUUACUUCAUAUUCCGUGCUGGUGAUUAGGAUUGUUCAACCUGAAUUGAAAGCACUUGCAAUUGGCUUCCAUUCAUUGAUUAUGCGAUCACUAGGAGGUAUUUUAGCUCCAAUAUAUUUUGGGGCUCUGACUGAUAUAACAUGUAUGAAGUGGUCCACCAAAGACUGUGGAGCACGAGGGUCUUGUAAGAUACAUAAUACCAUAUUUUUGGGAAGCGUCCACUUCAACUUGACAGCAGCCCUGGUGUUUCCAACACUUGUUCUACUUGUUGUAUUUAUUUUUGUUGUAAAGAAAAAAUUCCAUGGAAAGGAUACCAAAGCAUUAGAAAAUGAAAGAAAACUAAUGGAUGAAGCAAAAGAAUUCUUAGAUAACAGUGAACAUUUUGUAUCUUCUGCUGAAGAACAGUAA